AUGGCAUUAAGGCACCUGCGGGCAGGGGGGGUUCGAGUCCGUUGGCAGCCUCCUAAUGAAGGCUGGGUGAAGCUUAAUGUUGACGGGGGUGGGGAGGUGCAGUUCGCUGCUGCGCGUGUGACAGAGGAUCGAUGGCAGCCAUUGAUUGCUGAAGCAAAGGCUCUGUUCUUUGGCUUGCAAACUGUUGUUAAUACCGGCUUUCAAAGGGUAGUGGUGGAGAGUGAUUGUCUUGGGCUCAUCAAUGCGAUCGUAUCACAAGAUGUUGAGAGGAGUGAUUUUUAUCUGAUCUUGGAUGAUAUUUAUCAUAUGAGUGGUUUUCUUGAGUCGGUUUCGUGGUCUUUUGUUCGUAGGGAGGGUAGUAAGGUUUGGUUAUCGAAUUUUCCGUCUUGUAUUGUUAAUUCAUUGAAAUUUGAUCUACCUAUGGAUGAAAAUUAA